AUGUUCCUGCAGCAAUCAUCCAAGGCUCACAGCGCCGGGCAGGCGGCUCAGAAGGAGAAGCUCGCCAGGGAGAAGGCCGCCAACCGUCCUUGGGUGGAAAAGUACCGCCCCAAGACCAUCGACGAUGUCGCUGCGCAGGAACACACCGUCGCCGUCCUCAAAAAGACGCUCAUGUCCAACAAUCUCCCACACAUGCUCUUCUAUGGGCCACCCGGUACAGGCAAGACAUCCACCAUCCUCGCACUGGCGAGACAGCUCUUCGGUCCCGAACUCCUCAAAACCCGAGUGCUCGAACUAAACGCCUCCGACGAGAGAGGUAUCAGCGUCGUCAGGGAAAAGAUCAAGAACUUUGCAAAAUUGGCCGUGACCAACCCCAAGGAAGGCUUCCCGUGCCCGCCGUUCAAAAUCAUUAUCCUCGACGAGGCGGAUAGCAUGACGCAGGAUGCCCAGAGUGCGUUGAGGCGCAUCAUGGAGCAGUACAGCAGGAUCACGAGGUUCUGCUUGGUCUGCAACUAUGUCACCCGCAUCAUCGAACCUUUGGCCUCGAGGUGCAGCAAGUUCCGCUUCCGUUCGCUCGACACCUCGUCCACCAAAACGCGACUCGAGAUGAUUGCUUCCGCCGAAUCCGUCUCGUUUCAGGACUCCAACGUCCUCGAUACCCUCAUCAGCACAUCCGACGGAGACCUGCGACGGGCCAUCACCUAUCUGCAAUCCGCCUCGCGCCUCCACAGCAUUGUUGGCGACCACAAGUCCGCCGUCACCUCCGAGUCCAUCGUCGAGAUCGCAGGUGUCGUGCCCACCCCUGUCAUCACAUCCCUCGCAGAUGCAGUCGGGAUCGAGGCAUACAACACCGAUGACGACGUCGAUAUGCAGCCUGUCGGCGCAGCCAAGAAGCGAGAUGCGUUCGAGAGGAUCAGAGAGGAAGUGAGGAUCAUCGCAAGGGAAGGCUAUUCGAUCACACAGCUUCUGACGCAGCUCCACGAUUAUGUCAUCGGCCAUCCGACGCUCUUGGCCAAGAUCAAGGCCAAGGCGGCGUUGCUGAUGGCUGAGAUGGACAAAUGCUUGACGGACGGUGCCGACGAGGAGCUGCAGCUGCUCAAUUUGUGUCUCAAACUGCAGGAGGUGGUCCAGACCGACGGCAAGGCGUACGUGUAG